GGUCAUGGCCUAGUUAGUUUCGAUGUUUGCCAGAGAAGUCGACGUAUUAUUUAGAAAACUUUGUACGGAUGAACUUUUAGCCGACUUUGCUAUGGGAUAUGGGAGCUAAAGACUCAAAACCGUGUUUCUUGUCCUAUGAGGAUGCUGUUAAGCGCGUGACUGAUGCAGAACUGAAGAGGCUAAAAGAUGCAUUCAAGAGGUCUUCUACUUUGACUGGUCAUAUGCCAAAAAAUGUCUUCAUCAGAGAAGUUCUUGGUGAAGGAGUCCCACAAAGGCUUGCUGAGCAUAUCUACACAGCUUUUGGUGGGACUAUUAAAGGACUUACAUACAAAGACUUGACUUGUGGCCUUGUUUUAUUAACGAGAGGCAGACAGGAGGAGAAAAUUAAAUUCAUCUUUGGUUUGUAUGCCAAUGAAAACCUGAGCAGUGUCCAGAAGGAGCACAUGGACAAGAUGGUCCUGGCCACAGAGGGCAUGGUGCCACAGUCCCUGUCACAACUAUUUCUGGAGAGUGAUAAAGUCAACUUUGAUCAUUUCCGAGAGUGGCUACUAAAUCACCCAGAUUCUACAACACUCACCAAGUGGCUGCUCAAAGAACCAUGCUCUGUGACCCUGUCCAAUGACAGUGAAACUCCCACAUUCUAUCAGACAUUAGCAGGGGUUACACACUUGGAGGAAGCAGAUAUUUUAGAACUUGAAAAGCGCUACUGGGUCCUCAAGGGACAGUCGAAGACAGGGCGAUUUGAUUUGGAAACCUUUAAACCUAUGGUCUGCCCCCCUAUUCCAGAAAGUCUGUGUGAAGGUGUCUUCAAUGCGUUUGAUGAAAAUCGUGACAACCACAUAGACUUCAAGGAAAUAGCAUGUGGUAUUUCUGCUUGCUGCAGGGGGCCACUGGUGGAAAGACUGAAGUUUUGCUUCAAAAUAUUUGACACCAACUGUGAUGGACUGUUAUCCAAGGAAGACUUAAUCACUAUGAUAGCUGCAUUACUGGAUAUUAGGAAGGACAACAGGACACAGGCAGACUGGAUGCAAGACAAGUUCAGGGAUGUUGAACCAAAAACGUUAGUUGAAGGCAUUUUACAGAAGUUUUCUACAAAUAAGGGGGAUCACCUCAGUCUGGAUGAGUAUUUAUUGUGGUCAUCAAGCCAUCCUCUGCCUCAGGAUUUCCUAGAUUUACUCUUCCAGGUAAGCCAUGUAGUCCUAGGAUUGAAGCCUGCUACUCCUGAGGAGGAGGAGAAAGUUAUUCUUGGUUGGGUUGAGCGUGAAAGCCGCCAUGGUCUUCAGCUCCACAGUACAUGGUACCUGGUGGCCAUGCAGUGGUGGGGGGAGUGGAGAGACUAUGUCAGUUAUCCCAGCAAAGGACAGCACCAGCUAAAAAAUAAUGCAGUGACAAAUCAUUACCAGUCCAACAGUUACCCUAACUCCCCAUCACCUAGCAGUAAUCGCAGAAGUGCCACAUUACCAAGAAAACAGAAAAAGAACUCAUUGAAUCCCAGUUUUAACACUGGAAGUUAUGCCUGGGAGGAUAACUCUGAUGUGGUGGUCACACACUAUAAAACAGAACUAUCACCUAAAGCUAACGGUGUGCCUGGCAGGAGCAACUCAUUACCUCGCAAUGGGAAUAGUGGCGUGAUCCUAAACCCCAGGGAGUUGUCUGCCACUCCCAGCCCCAGUGCUUCCCCACACCUGGGGAGGAAGUACAGUGGAGUUCCACCAAGACCAGGACAGAUUGAUAACUCACCACUUAUUAUACCAAAUACUUACAAGGUUGCUACACUUACAAAUGAAGGUGGAAGACUGAAAAAGAAUGUCCCAUUGGUUCGGGGACGAGAUUAUGAAUUGUUACCAGAGCCAGUGUGGAAAGCAUUGUGUUCCUGGUAUGGGGGGUCGCCGGCUUUACCUAGAACUGUGAUAUCAAUGGGUCCCAACCUUCAACCUGACUUAGAAUUGUACCCUAUUACCACCAAGUUAUUACGGCACCAGAUCCCAGCACAAAGACCCAACACCACCACCACCUUCACUGGCAUGAUGACUGGACUGGGAGGGAUGGCACUCAAUGUGGCAGGCUUGGGUCCACCAGCCACUCCCAGAAGAUAUCUGGCCUAUACUGCCUGCUUUAGUAGAAAGCACACCCUGAAGCAAGUCAGUGACUACCUCUGCUCAAGGCUCAGGAUAGGGAGGGAGGACAUGAGGCUUUGGAAAUAUAAGGAUGAGCAAAAUAUGGUUCUACUGGAAGAUGAUGAGAUGACCAUGGAGGAGUUGAACAUAGAGGAACAGCAGCAGAUACUGAUUGAAGUGAGAAACAAGGAUUUAACUUGGCCAGAAGAAAUGUCUUCUUUGGUGAAAAACAAGACACCAGGGGAUAAGAAACAACAAGCCCCCACCACCCAGGGCGCCACUGGGCUGAACAACCUGGGAAACACAUGUUUCAUGAACUCAGCAGUCCAGUGUGUCAGCAACACCAGGGCCCUCACAGAGUACUUCAGAUAUGGGAAACAUCUGUAUGAACUCAAUAGAGACAACCCAUUGGGCAUGAAGGGCCACAUAGCACAGAGAUAUGGGGACUUGGUGAAAAACCUGUGGACCGGCACUUCCAAAACCAUUGCACCCCUAAAACUUAGGUGGACCAUUGGGAAAUAUGCACCACGUUUCAAUGGUUUCCAACAGCAUGAUGCACAGGAACUUCUUGCUUUUCUACUGGAUGGUCUGCAUGAAGAUUUAAACAGAGUCCACAAUAAACCUUAUGUAGAGUUGAAGGAUAGUGAUGGUCGACCAGAUGAAGUAGUUGCUAGAGAAGCAUGGGAGAACCAUCUUGUGCGCAACAAGUCCAUCGUAGUUGAUCUCUUCCAUGGACAGCUCAAGUCUCAAGUCCGUUGCAUGGCGUGUGGACACAUCAGUGUGCGCUUUGAUCCCUUCACCUAUCUCUCUCUGCCUCUGCCCAUGGAGAGCUGUAUACACUUGGAGAUCAUUGUAAUAUGCAGGGAUGGUUCAGUCCCAGUGAAGUAUGGUGUGCGACUGAAUAUGGAUGAGAAAUACAGGCUUCUGAAGAAACAGCUGAGUGAACUGUCUGGCAUUCCACAGCAGCAGCUACUUUUAGUGGAACUGAUUGGGGCAGUAGUCAAGAGUUUUCCCCACGACAGCCAGAAGAUCCGCAGUGCCCUUAGUGGUGCCCUGUAUGCAUAUGAGCUGCCUCCUGUGCCAGAGAUCCCCCCUAUGUCUGCCAUGGAGGAGAAAGUGCUAGCUAAGGAACACAUGGCCCUCAGGGACAUACAGAGGAUGACUACCUCUGUCAACAACAAUGAGACAACUAAGGAAUAUGGAGGCCAGGGUAAAAAUGAAGUAAUUAAAGAGUCUGAAAAUGGCAUGGGGGACAUGUUAAGAGAAGCGCCACAGAUUACAGUGAAUGGAACAGAUACUCCUGCAGUGAACACCACUACUCAACCAGGUCACAGUCGUAAUGCCAGUAACUGUAGCAUUGGUAGCAGUAUUGCCACCAAUAACAAUGGGUCAUUAGGAUCUGACCCUGAGAUCAGUGGAUUCCUAGUGGCAGUGCAUAGAAAAAUGAUCCGCAUGGAUGUAUACUUCCUGUCGUCUCAGAAGACACGCCCCAGUUUAUUUGGCACCCCUCUGAUCAUUCCAUGCAACCAAGACACCACCCACCAGGACCUGUACCAGAGUGUGUGGGUCCAGGUAUCCAGAAUGGUCAGUCCACUGCCACCCUCGGAGAGUGGACAUCCCAACCAUGCACAAGACUGUGAUGAUAGCUUAGGUUAUGAGUAUCCCUUCACACUUAAGGCUGUACAGAAAGAUGGCUUCACCUGUGCCUGGUGCCCUUGGUACAGAUUCUGCCGUGGAUGUAAGCUAGAGUGUACAACAGAUGACUUCAACAAUGGCAGCUGUUACAUAGCUGUAGACUGGGAGCCCACUGCACUGCACCUCAGAUACCAGUCCUCACAGGAGAGGGUGUAUAAUGACCAUGAGAGUGUAGAAGAGAGUAGACGCCUUCAGACUGAACCAAUUGACUUAGAUGCCUGUCUGAGAGCAUUCACCAAAGAAGAAGAACUGGGAGAAGAAGAGCUGUAUUAUUGUUCCAAGUGUAAAGAAUUGAGACUGGCAGCAAAGAAGCUGGAUAUUUGGAAGUUGCCACCAAUUUUGAUCAUUCAUUUGAAGAGAUUUCAGUUUUUGAACAACCGUUGGGUAAAGUCACACAAAAUUGUCAAAUUUCCAAUCAAACAUUUUGAUCCAUCGAGUUACCUGGCUCCUCGCACUCCCAAGCAGGAGGUAGUUUCCAAGAUCAUGGAGGUCCAGGAAGCCAAUCAUAAUGAACAGACAAAUCACAUUCAGCCCUCAGACUGCCAGUGUGGGGAGGUGUAUACAACAUGUGGUUGUGAGAAUGAGAACAGGCUGGCCACUGGAGAUGAAAGGCCUGUGCUUAAUGGAGAUUUGUCAGAUUCCUAUGAACAAUACAGCAACACUCCUAUAGAGGGCAGUCAUGACCCAUUCACAAACUGUAAUGGAGGAGGCCUGACUCACAGUGGUUCUACAUACGAUAACCUUCCAGAGACAGAGGGAGCCACAGCAGCUAUGGAACUUGACGACAUCCUGGAUGAAUACAAUCCUAAUUUCAGUGGACGUCAUAGGAUGACCUCUGUGGCCAGCAUGGACUACACCACAGCUAGAUAUGAUCUCUAUGCUUUGUCAUGUCACUCUGGUAUCCUAGGAGGUGGUCAUUAUGUGUCAUAUGCCAAGAACCCUAACAAGAAGUGGUACUGUUAUAAUGAUAGCAGCUGUAAGGAAAUCACUGAGGACCAGAUUGACACAGACUCUGCUUACAUGUUGUUCUAUGAAAGGAGGGAUUUAGAUUAUAACCGCUAUCUGCCAGACGUCCGAGGAAAGGAACCUUGUGUGGAAGAAGAUGAUGAAGAAUUUGAAUCAGAUUUCAAGAAAAUGUGCACUGUUCAAUGAAAGGAUGUGUUGUGAGACAACUUAAGCAUGUUCCUUGUCAAUCUUCUUAUGGAUGUUUGGUCACUAACAGCUCUUCUGUGUUGUCUUCUUGAAAGUGUGAGUUGAUGUGGAACUAUUGUGCAUGCAGAAGUGGUCCUGCAAAUCCAAAACCAGUGCUUUAAGCAAGUGAAUUAAACUGAGUGGAGAAAGACAUGAAAAACUUGCUUUUAAAUGUGUAAGAACAAAAGG